CAUGUUGAACGCUGCAACCAAAGCCCUGGUGCCGUCGUUAGGUGAACUAGACACAGACAGUAGGGGAUUUUUAUGUUCUUUUAUAUUAGUCCCUAAAAUCUGACUCUGGUGAACAACAACCAUGGACGAAAUGAAUGACUACGGUCAACGAUUACGAUUGCCGUCUGUGAAGGUAAGUUAGGGGUGUUCGAAAGGCAAGAUAGACAGAGAACAACUUACAUAAAAAAAUAAAUGUCAUUUUAAAAGGUUACAGAUGUCCCAUUUCUCACUCGCAUAUUCACAUAACAUUGUGUUGUGGUUAAAUCUUCGGAGAAAAAAUUAAUUUUGAACCGACUUUCAUUAAGAGUGCAUUGCCAUCACUUUUUGAACGACAUUCCUUAGAUAAAAUGGUCAAUUAUUUGCUGUCGGCCCGGGGUGUCCCAUCAUGGCCGCCAUCUUGGUUGACACGUGUUAAAUAAACACGCAAUGACGUCAUGGGAUGACAAUUAAGAAACAGCCGAUAACAUUGAUUUUGCACCAAUUUCCGGUAACCCUUUUGGGGGUGUCCUUAACACGAUCGAUUCAACGUCUGCGUGGUCUUCCUCUGUCCCUAGAAAUGGAGUGGCCUGCUAUUUCAAGAGUACAAUGAAGGUUAUUUGGCACGCAAAAUCAACUAACUUGUGCUGCAACAUUGAGAGCUGGCACAUCUUCGUUUAUUCAUCAAUUACCUUAUUGAUUGCCAUGAACUUGAUCAUUCAGUCCAGUGACAUGCCUCCAGUUCAUGUAAGCCAGGGCUAACUCCCCGAUGUGCACCCCACCCCACACAAAAAAAAAAAAAAAAACUAACAAAAAAAACCAACAACAAACAAACACACAUGCAUCUUAAGUAUAUAUAUAUAUAUAUACCCGGUAUAUAUAUGAAAUCAUACACAUUGAUAUAAACCGAAAAGGACCACCCGGGACGAUCAACAUCUUCCCAAGCCAAGGUACGACACCGAUACUGGCGACAUCAUGUAAAAUGCUUAUGUUCUUUCCUCCCCUUGGCUUGUCAGAAAUCCAAAAUGGAUCUGAAGUACGACAUUUUUCUGAAGAGAACCGUGGGUGUAUACCUGCCGGAAUGUCUCAGACAUGUGACGGAAGUACGCCCGUCAGACCCAAUAGAUGUUAUAGCACACUGCCUGUACAAGUGAGUCCUCUUGAGUCCUCGUUCAUAGCACAAAGUCCCCUCAGUGUGUUUUUGCAGCCUGUAUUAUAUGUCAGUGUUUUCUGAACCUGGUGUCUUUGAUGUUUGCUGUGGUUUGUACUUAUGUCAGUCUUCUAGUGAGACUACGUAACUCAUUGUCUUCAGAUCUCUCUAUAAUUCUGUAUGCAAAAAAAAAAGAAUACUGUAUCGUAUUGGCAGUUUCCGGUAAUCAGUCAACACAAAGCUGUCUACAUGAGAUAGUCUCCUUCUGCUAGGCUGCGCAAUUCCUAACAAAUGACGCCCCCCCUCCCCCACCCCCAAACAGGUGUGUAGACAACAACCAUUACAGACAGGAGAAGGUCAAGUAUUUGAAGGAUCUGGAGAAGGCCAACAUCCAUCUACGACAGACAAGAAGAACGGUGCUGACCCGACUACAGCCUAUAAUGGACGCCGCCAAACAGCAAGAGGUGGGUACGGCAGGGUGCAUGAGUGCAUGGGCACAAAGGAGGGUACACAUAAGCAUAAGGGUACAUGGGUACUUGUGGGUAAAUGGGUACUUGUGAGCACAGUAUGGUAUUGGACUACUUCUGGACACGAUUAGUAUGAACGUUUUUAAGUUGGUUACAGUAUGUUAGGGAACAGUUUAGUGUAUACAUUUGUUUAACACAUAAACCCCAUCCUAUAUCUGAACUGGCUUAAGUGGGUCAUCAUUAGGUUCUAAGUAGGUUUGUUUGAUAUAAAAAAAAAAAAAAAUAUAUAUAUAUAUAUAUAAACGAUUACAAAUUUGGACCUUUUCUGCAAGGGUCAUCAUUAGGUUCUAAGUAGGUUUGUUUGAUAUAAAAAAAAAAAAUAUAUAUAUAUAUAUAUAUAAACGAUUACAAAUUUGGACCUUUUCUGCAGUGUGAGGCAUUGUAUGGUAUUGUGUUGUGUUGUAAUGUAUUGUGUUGUGUUGCUGGUGUGGAGCAGUUAAUUGUUUACGCGUUAAUGCGGGGUUAUUAUGGCCAGGUUGUAGAUGUGGAGAUUAUAAGGUCUGUCUGAGAAUGUGUGGGGAAUGUCUUCACCGUUAAAUAUUACGAUGACUCAGUAGCACCGACAUGUCUUCUCAUCAGAACAUACUACGGAGGUUAAGGAUAGAAGAAUUCAACGACAUUUUGUUUGUUCUACAAAACUCAGAUGACCCAAUAGACGACCAGCUCAGGUCAAGACUACAUUUUCUUGCGGUGCGUACUUGUCUGUCAUAAGAGUUCAAUAGCCUGCUUUAGCCGUACGGCUUCUAAACGUGCGGCUAAAUUUGUUUAACUUUCAUUUAUACAUUCAUUCAUAUCCGUAUUUUCAAUUUCGUAAGACACCAAACAGCAAUAUAUUAAUACUAAACACUUCUUUUCAAAGCGCUUAAAGAUUUAGUUAUAAAAAAAUAAACAAUCUUUCGCACUAUUUCAGAAACUGGUGCGUUUUGGUGCUUUUUCGGGGUUUUCCCGGUUCUUCAUUAAGUUUCCAAAUCUUUAAAAAAAAAGAUAUUUCAUCCCAAGUAUGCAGUUUAUAAUAAAGUUACACCCCAUAAGAAAAUAAAAGCUGAAUUGAAUGACUACUAAGAGAAAACGCAUUGAUAUUGACCCGUGAAUUGUUUGAAUAGAACCAGUUUAACGCCCAGAAAGCCAUCAGGGAUAUACUGAGCACGAGAGCCAAAAGACUGGACCAGUUGCAACGCUCGGCCGACCUCAGGAAGGAAUCCUACAGCCUGCCCAGGCUGGACAAGGAUAAGAAGAACUUUGUUGUACCAGACGACGGAAGUACGGGUGAGUGGGUCAAGGCCACGAUGCUCAUCGUUUUCACGUGAACUCAUUAAAAUAUUCGAAGUGUACAUAUCUUUUUAUCGGAUUGAAUUUCUUAUAAGGUAGUGUUUAUGAAAUGGUUACAUCUAAUAUCCCAAUCGGGUUUUAUGGCCUUAAAAGCUUCCUUUAUGUUUUUACAUUCGACACCCAUAGAAAUAUGUAAUUUUAUACAUUUUUUUUUAAAACAACAAGUUCUAAAAACAUACAUGUAAAAAAAAACAGCGCUAUAAGGCACAAGUACUUUUAUGAUACCCUUUAUCACCAGACGACAAAUACAAUGUUGAUUGGGAUGCUCUGAUGAAAGAAUCAUCCUCAACAUUACAACCACUUACCAUGAUCACAGGUAAUAAUAUGUCAAAGAUAAUAGUAGUCUUACUAAUAGUAGUCAAAUAAUGGAAGUCUACAUAAUAGUUGUCUAUACAAUAGUAGUAUCCACUAUGGUGGUCUGCAAAUAGUAGUCUUCACAAUAGUAGUCUUCGCAAUUGUAGUCUUCUCAAUAGUAGUCUUUACAAUAGUAGUCUUCACAAUAGUAGUCUUCGCAAUAGUAGUCUUUACAAUAGUAGUCUUCGCAAUAGUAGUCUUUGCAAUAGUAGUCUUCACAAUAGUAGUCUUUACAAUAGUAGUCUUCGCAAUAGUAGUCUUCACAAUAGUAGUCUUCACAAUAGUAGUAUUCACAAUAGUAGUCUUCGCAAUAGUAGUCUUUGCAAUAGUAGUCUUCACAAUAGUAGUCUUUGCAAUAGUAGUCAUCUUCGCAAUAGUAGUCUUCACAAUAGUAGUCUUCGCAAUAGUAGUCUUCACAAUAGUAGUCUUCGCAAUAGUAGUCUUCGCAAUAGUAGUCUUCACAAUAGUAGUCUUCACAAUAGUAGUCUUCGCAAUAGUAGUCUUCACAAUAGUAGUCUUUGCAAUAGUAGUCUUCACAAUAGUAGUCUUCUCAAUAGUAGUCUUCACAAUAGUAGUCUUUGCAAUAGUAGUCUUCGCAAUAGUAGUCUUCACAAUAGUAGUCUUCACAAUAGUAGUCUUCGCAAUAGUAGUCUUCACAAUAGUAGUCUUUGCAAUAGUAGUCUUCGCAAUAGUAGUCUUCGCAAUAAUAGUCUUUGCAAUAGUAGUCUUCACAAUAGUAGUCUUUGCAAUAGUAGUCGUCUUCGCAAUAGUAGUCUUCACAAUAGUAGUCUUCGCAAUAGUAGACUUCGCAAUAGUAGUCUUCGCAAUAGUAGUCUUCACAAUAGUAGUCUUCACAAUAGUAGUCUUCACAAUAGUAGUCUUUGCAAUAGUAGUCAUCUUCGCAAUAGUAGUCUUCACAAUAGUAGUCUUCGCAAUAGUAGACUUCGCAAUAGUAGUCUUCGCAAUAGUAGUCUUCACAAUGGUAGUCUUCACAAUAGUAGUCUUCACAAUAGUAGUCUUUGCAAUAGUAGUCAUCUUCGCAAUAGUAGUCUUCACAAUAGUAGUCUUCGCAAUAGUAGUCUUCGCAAUAGUAGACUUCGCAAUAGUAGUCUUCGCAAUAGUAGUCUUUGCAAUAGUAGUCUUCACAAUAGUAGUCUUCGCAAAAGUAGUCUUCACAAUAGUAGUCCUCACAUUAGUAGUAUUCGCAAUAGUAGUCUUCACAAUAGUAAUCUUAACAAUAGUAGUCUUCACAAUAGUAGUCUUUACAAAAGUAGUCUUCACAAUAGUAGUCUUCACAAUAGUAGUCUUCACAAUGGUAGUCUUUACAAUAGUAGUCUUCACAAUAGUAGUCUUUGCAAUAGUAGUCAUCUUUGCAAUAGUAGUCUUCGAAAAUAGUAGUCUUCGCAAUAGUAGACUUCGCAAUAGUAGUCUUCGCAAUAGUAGUCUUCGCGAUUAGUAGUCUUCACAAUAGUAGUCUUCACAAUAGUAGUCUUCACAAUAGUAGUCUUCACAUUGGUAGUCUUCACAAUAGUAGUCUUCACAAUAGUAGUCUUCGCAAUAGUAGUCUUCACAAUAGUAGUCUUCACAAUAGUAGUCUUCACAAUAGUAGUCUUCACAAUAGUAGUCUUCACAAUGGUAGUCUUCACAAUAGUAGUCUUCACAAUAGUAGUCUUUGCAAUAGUAGUCGUCUUCACAAUAGUAGUCUUCACAAUAGUAGUCUUCGCAAUAGUAGACUUCGCAAUAAUAUUCUUCACAAUUGUAGUCUUCACAAUGGUAGUCUUCACAAUAGUAGUCUUCGCAAUAGUAGUCUUCACAAUAGUAGUCUUCACAAUAGUAGUCUUCGCAAUAGUAGUCGUCAGAAUAGUAGUCUUUGCAAUAGUAGUCUUCACAAUAGUAGUCUUCACAAUAGUAGUCUUCACAAUGGUAGUCUUCGCAAUAGUAGUCUUCACAAUAGUAGUCUUCGCAAUAGUAGUCGUCACAAUAGUAGUCUUUGCAAUAGUAGUCUUCACAAUAGUAGUCUUCACAAUAGUAGUCUUCACAAUGGUAGUCUUCACAAUAGUAGUCUUCACAAUAGUAGUCUUUGCAAUAGUAGUCUUCACAAUAGUAGUCUUCACAAUAGUAGUCUUCGCAAUAGUAGACUUCGCAAUAAUAUUCUUCGCAAUAGUAGUCUUCACAAUGGUAGUCUUCACAAUAGUAGUCUUCGCAAUAGUAGUCUUCACAAAAAUAGUCUUCACAAUAGUAGUCUUCACAAUAGUAGUCUUCACAAUAGUAGUCUUCACAAUAGUAGUCUUCACAAUAGUAGUCUUCACAAUAGUAGUCUUCACAAUGGUAGUCUUCACAAUAGUAGUCUUCACAAUAGUAGUCUUCACAAUGGUAGUCUUCACAAUAGUAGUCUUAUACAUCAAAAGAAAAUCAAUGUUAAUAUACGUGUCCAUUAGAUAAUGUUAGUAAAAGCUUCAAGGUAUGCAGGUAAAUGUCAACAUGUACAGGUAAAUGUCAACAUGUACAGGUAAAUGUCAACAUGUACAGGUAAAUGUCAUUAUGUACAGGUAAAUGUCAACAUGUAAAAGUAAACGUCAAGCUGUACAGGUAGACCCAUCAAGUUAAGGUAUUUCUAAGGCACGUGACCUCAUUACAAAUGUUGUUGUUUUUGUUUAUGACCACAGAGAACGAUGACGACGAAAAUUCAGUUAUGUCCGGAAAUAUGAGAAGAGAUGGUGCGUAA